UUUCUAUUCUUAUCAUCCUGACAUCUCGAAUUCAAAUACAACAUUCUCUCAAUCUUCCAGCUUAGUCCAGACAACUGAAGUAAUGAGCCUCAAAAGUUUGGGAUCAUACACGUUUACCAUUUACUAUGACAACUCAACAAAAGAAGUAAACUACCAGAAGAAUCCUGAACCAGCAUUCAAAAUAUUCCUUGAUCCAGUCUUCUACGAAUCUGAUUCCUCAUUCAAAGUUUCUAAAAGUUCUAAUACGAGUGUUGAUUACUGACCAAUAGUUUCGAGAUCUCAAGGCCCAAUCUAUGACUAUAAUUUUAUCAACUUAGACUCAGAAGCUAAUGCUAAAUAUGAAUUUAGUGUUGAUGCCUCCACUUGGAACCUCACCAUCGCUGAUAUCUCCAAAAGCACUUUAGAUAGCGAAGGAAAUUAUACAAUAGAAAUUAAAACAGGAUACAGUAAUUCUACAUUCAGCAGAAAUAUCAGCUUUACCGAAACAAUAGAAAUUGAGAACGAUCAAGUUGUUCAAGUCAUACACAAAUCUGCAUUCUGGCUAUUUAUUUUAGUAUCCUUGAUCUCCCUAAUGUUAGGAGGAACGCUUUUAAAAGGGAUUUGGUUGAUAGUAAAUCUCCAAAAGAUGCUACUGUUAUUCCUCCUGAUAGAUACAUAUAUCCACCCCUAUGUUCGAUUGAUAAUCACAAAACAAAAUUUCUUUUUAUUUAACUUUGAUUUUUUGAAUACUUUGUAUGAUAAUUUCCUAAUCAAUCACUUGUUUCUCAAUGGAGUUAUGAAUACUCCUCAGAAAAGAGACGAAAUGAUUGAGCUUGGGUAUACUAAGGAAAGUACCCUGCUAGGAUUCAUAGCCUUAGUUUGGACUCUUAUUCUCAUUUCACUUUUCUAUUUCUUUGUGAUGAUAAUUAAGAAAUGAUUAAUCAAUAAAUGCGUUAAAAGAGAAAAUCUACAGAAAAGUAGUGAGCAAACUUCAUUCGAUAACAUUUUCUACUACAGAGAUGACAUCUCUGAAAAUAACUCCAACGAAGGUUCUUCUUGAUGAUGUAUUUCCCAGAACAAGUGGAAAGAAUUAUGAAAAAAUAUGAAAGAACGGAUUGCCAAUUUCCUGAGUUAUAAAUUCUAUGUCAGCCUGUUGUUAAGAUUGCUCAUCGAGUCUUUUAUGGGAGUGCUUAUAGUUGCAUUCAACGAAGUGUUAACUAACGAAAAAGAAACACUCGAAGAAAAAAUAUCCUUCGGAAUAGCAAUAUCUUUCAUCUCAAUAUAUGUCUCAUUCUUUAUUUCUGCUUGGGUAGUUUGAUGUUGUCAUGAAAGAAAAAGAGAGCCUGAGCAAAAUAAUAAAACUAAAAAGAGACAGAGCCUAUGGUAUGAAGAAUUUAUUAAGGAUAUUUCAUCUCAACAAUAUGCUGCUUUUCAUCAGCCUCUUUUAAUGACCAGAAUAGUUGUCUUCGUUAUUUUGAUCAUGAUCUGCAGGGAGUCUCGUUUGGCAUCGAUAUGGCUAUUAUUUACAAUGCUCAUAGCACAAUUCUGCUACUUAUGGCAAGAAUGGAAAUUUCCAAAAUUCGACUGUAAGAUCUUAAAAUGUCUAAAUUGGACAAAUGAACUAUUCCUAACUUCCUUCAUGCUCUUCUUCAUCGGUUUCAGAAGAUACACAGACUACCAAGCCUGUACUUACUCAUUCUCACAAACAUAGCCUCCAUAAGAUCUAUUGCGAUUCUCAUGAUCUUGCUGAACACAGGUGCGGUUCUGCUCCUCCAAUUGUUUUCUGUCCUCUAUACUCUAAUCCAACUUUGCUCUCCAAAAAAAGAGUUCAGUCGCAAUGCAGACCAAGAGAGUCAGAAUUUCAGCCAGAGAGGGAGGCAGUACCAAUAUGGGCAGGAAGGACAGAGGGUUUGGGUUGAAAAGCGAGGUAAGGGAAGGGGAUUGAGUGAGGGUGAAUGAGGAAGGGGAUCGGAGGAGGAUUGUGGGAGAGAAGAGCUAGAAUACUAUUGGGCUAGAGUGG